AUUAUCGCAUCCCAAGGUUCUACAACAAUUUGAUUACGAACUAUUCCUGUAUUUAGAGGCUCCAUUAUUACUCACUCCCAUUGUAAUAGUGCAUACCGCACACACAAGAGAGAGAGAGAGAGAGAGAGAGAGAGAGAGUGUGUGCGUGUGUGUGUAUGUGUGUGUGUGAAAUACAUACAACUGCGACCAUGGAGAGCUCGGAUUAUUUAGCUCGACGUCCCCUGCACGUCGUGUUCUUCCCUUUCAUGGCUAUGGGCCACAUGCCUCCCAUGGUGGACAUGGCCAACCUCUUCGCCGCCCGCGGUGGCGUCGCCGCCACCGUCGUCACCACCCCCGCCAACGCCCCCCUCGUCGACUCCCGCCGCGUCCCCGGCGCCAACAUCGGCCUCCGCAUCCUCCCCUUCCCCUCCCCCGCCCUCACCGGUCUCCCCCCUGGCAUCGAGAACCUCGCCGCACUCUCCGACUCAGUCUCCAUUAACAGGCUCUCCGCCGCCGUGCCCAGACUCCGUGAGCCUUUUAGCCGCCUGCUCCAUGAGAUACGCCCGAUCGACGUCGUCGUCUCCGAUUUUUUUUGCCCCUGGACAAUCCCCGUAGCCGAGGAGCUCAGUAUCCUCCGCCUCGUCUUCGACGGCACCGGUUUCUUCUCCCUCUGCGCCAUCGCCGCCCAUGCCACCCCGCUCGGCGGCGGCGACACCGUCGUCCUCGGCGGCCUUCCCCACCGAGUAGUGAUGCUCCGCUCCCAAAUAGAGGAUAGCGGCAAGUUGCCUCCCGCGUUCCAAGAAUUGCUCGGCGAGAUCGUGGCGAUGGACGGGCGGAGCUACGGCACGGUGGUGAACAGCUUCUACGAGCUCGAGCCCGACUACGUCCGCCACUUUCGAGAGGCGAUGGGGCACCGCGCGUGGCACGUAGGCCCCAUCGCACUCUUCGGUCGGGGCGGAGCCCUCCUUCAGCAGAGACUCCACCUGAAAGAAAAACAAAAGGAUGAAGAAGAAGCACAAGAACGAAAAGAGCAAGCACAUGAACCAACCGGGUCCAGUUCUUAUCUACUAGAAUGGCUCGACCGGAACCCGCCCGGUUCGGUUCUCUACGUGUGCUUAGGGAGCAUGGGCCGACUCGGGGCAACCCAACUUGCCCAGCUAGCUUUCAGCCUCGAAGCGUCUGGCUGUCCUUUUAUUUGGGUCGUCAGGGAUUCUGACGACGACGAUGCUGAAUGUUUGCCACGUGGAUUCAAAAAACGAGUCGAGGACAGGGGCCUAGUACAAGGGUGGGCCCCGCAAACACUGAUACUAGGCCACCCGUCGGUCGGGGGGUUCGUCACGCACUGCGGCUGGAACUCGUGUCUUGAGGGGGUCGUCGCCGGUGUGCCGAUGGUCACGUGGCCGCUCUACGCCGAGCAGUUCUUCAACGAGAGGCUCAUCGUCGACGUGCUCCGGAUCGGCGUGCCGGUCGGGGCGACGAUGUACGCCUUUCUCCCCGCAGAAAGGCCGGUGAUAGAGGGCGCGCAAAUCGAGACCGCGGUAAGGAAGGCAAUGGGCGGAGGAGAGAAGGCGGCGGAGAUGCGGAAGCGCGCGAGAGAGCUAGCAGAGGCCGCGAAGAGGGCAAUGGAGCCGGGCGGCUCGUCUUACGUGGACCUAACAAACCUUAUUCAAGAGUUGAGCAAUAUUAGAGAGAGAGAGAGAGAGAGAGAGAGAGAGAGAGAGAGAGUGUCUGUGUGUGUGAAAUUACAUACAACAGUGACCAUGGAGAGCUCGGAUUAUUUAGCUCGACGUCCCCUGCACGUCGUGUUCUUCCCUUUCAUGGCUACGGGCCACAUGCCUCCCAUGGUGGACAUGGCCAACCUCUUCGCCGCCCGCGGCGGCGUCGCCACCACCAUCGUCGCCACCCCCGCCAACGCCCCCCUCAUCGACUCCCGCCGCCUCCCCGGCGCCAACAUCAGCCUCCGCAUCCUCCCCUUCCCCUCCCCUGCCCUCACCGGCCUCCCGCCCGGCAUCGAGAACAUUGCCGAACUCUCCGACUUAGACUCCGUUAACAGGUUCAUGGUCGCCGUGCCUGGACUCCGUGAGCCUUUUAGCCGCCUGCUCCGCGAGAUACGCCCGGUCGACGCCGUCGUCUCCGACUAUUUCUUCCCCUGGACAAUCCCCGUAGCCGAGGAGCUCGGCAUCCCCCGCCUCGUCUUCCACGGCACCGGCUUCUUCGCCCUCUGCGCCACCGCCGCCCCUGCCACCCCGCUCGGCAGUAGCGACACCGUCGUCCUCGGCGGCCUCCCGCGCCGGGUGGUGAUGCUCCGCUCCCAAAUGCCGGACAGGGGCAAGUCGCCCCCCGCGUUCCGAGAAUUGUUCGGCGAGAUCGCGACGACGGAGGGGCGGAGCUUCGGCACGGUGGUGAACAGCUUCUACGAGCUCGAGCCCGACUACAUCCGCCACUUUCGAGAGGCGAUGGGGCACCGCGCGUGGCACGUGGGCCCCAUUGCACUCUUCGGUCGGGACGGAACCCUCCUUCAAAGGAGGCUCCGCCCGAAAGAAAAACAAGAAGAUGAAGAAGCACAAGAACGAAAAGAGCAGGCAUAUGAACCAACCGGGUCCAGUUCUUAUCUAAUAGAAUGGCUCGACCGGAACCGGCCCGGUUCGGUUAUCUACGUGUGCUUCGGGAGCAUGGGCCGGCUCGGGGCAACCCAGCUGACCCAGCUGGCUUUCGGCCUAGAAGCGUCCGGCUGUCCUUUUAUUUGGGUCGUCAGGGAUUCUGACGACGACGAUGCUGAAUGGCUGCCACAUGGAUUCAAGGAACGAGUGGAGGACAGGGGCCUAGUACUGAAGGGGUGGGCCCCGCAGACACUGAUACUGGGCCACCCGUCGGUCGGGGGGUUCAUCACGCACUGCGGCUGGAACUCGUGUCUUGAGGGGGUCGUCGCCGGCGUGCCGAUGGUCACGUGGCCACUCUACGCCGAGCAGUUCUUCAACGAGAGGCUCAUCGUUGACAUGCUCCGGAUCGGCGUGCCGGUCGGGGCGACGAAGUUCGCCCUUCUCCCCGAGGAAAGGCCGGUGAUAGAGGGUGCGCAAAUCAAGACCGUGGUAAGGAAGGCGAUGGGUGGAGGAGAGGAGGAGGCGGCGCUGGCGGCGGCGGAGAUGCGGAGGCGCGCGAGAGAGCUAGCAGAGGCCGCGAAGAGGGCAAUGGAGCCGGGCGGCUCGUCUUACGUGGAUCUAGCAAACCUUAUCCAAGAAUUAAUGGACCGGAGGUCGGCCGUUAAGGAUUGAUCAAUGUUUUUAUCCAUAUCAUGAUUUAAACACGCAAUUUAAUCAAUUAUGCGUUAGUCAAGUUCUUUUUGAAUUCUGAGAAAAUAAAAAUCUGAAUGGCACAACUACAGAAAA